GUUAAUUUUCAUUCUUAUAUUACCUUUUUUUAACGGCAUUAGCAAUCAAACGUCAAAUGAUAAGACCAGAAUCACAAUGGAUCAAAUCUAUGCAAUUGUCAUUGACAAUGUGCUGGCAAAAUGUUACGGAGAUGAUGAUGAGCAUUAUGUUGAACUCACCAAAGGAAUGAUGGUUGAAAUGAAAGAUAUUCGAGAUCGUUCAUGCGUUGUCUUGAUUCGUGAUUUUUACACAAAGAAUGUUGCCUAUGAACAUAAUUUAUAUAUUUGCAAAUCAAGUGCUUUGCUCCAAGUGCCAUCAGAAAUUUGGCCUUUUCUAAUAGCUGUAAACGAUCCUUAUGAGCGAAUGAUGAUCGCUAAAGACAAGCCUUACAUAGAAUACAUCUUAAGAUUGAAAGAAAAAAGCUUUGUUACAGUCAAUGCACAAUAUUUCAACAUAGCAACACCAAUUCGACAAUCACCUUUUCCUUCAGAACGUGAGCCGAAAGACACUUUUUGGGAUUAUCAAUGCAUUGUACAAUACUUUGGACCUGUAGAUGAAUUAGGUCCAGGAUACUUUUUUGGGCUUGAAUUAGUGAACUUAGAUAAAGGAAUAUCGCCACAAGCACCAGAAAUUUCACAUUUUGCAAGUAAAUAUGUGCCCGGAUGUGAUCCAAAUGUAAUUUUCUUAUUGCCAGUUAAUUUCAUUCGUAAACCGAAUUUAAAAUCUUUACGAAAACAAAACCGAUCAUCAAACAACGGAUCUUCAGUAUUAAAUAACAUCAUUUGUGGUCUUAAAGAUUUUGUAAAGCCACAACCAAAACAUUCGAGUUCCAGUAAAGGCUCAGUUUAUUAUUACGAUUCCAACAACUUCCAAGAGAAUCGCUCAUCGUCAUCGCAAUGUGUUGAUGCUAAUCGUUCACUAACACCGGAACCGGUGAAUCGUGAUUAUGGAAAGAUGAACUUAAAUAAACUUCCAUCUUCAAUAUCAAGUCCAAAUCUUGCAAAACAAGAUAGCGGAAGUUCAUCCACUGGGAGUUCAAAUCGUCAACAAGAUUUAAUAAAUUUCAACGAAGAUUACUUAAAGAUUAUUGAGGAUCGUGAAAAGCAAAUGGAAGAUCGUAGAUUGGCAAGUUCUCGUGGCAGUAGUGGGAGUAGCAGCGCUAAUAGCGAAUCAAGAACACCAAAGAGUAAAAAACGAACUUUGCAACUGCCAAAUGCACCAAAUCGUGAAAUCAAACCUUCAACAUUUCUGCGAUUAGAGGAUCGCGAUGUUGUUGUAAUUGACAAGCACGAUAUUAAAGAAGCUGUUAAUAAUGAAAGUCAAGUAAUUAUUGUUGAUCCCCCUGCAUUACCAUCAACACCUUCCGAAAAUGAACAUGUCGAUUUAACUGAGCUUCUUGGUGGAAUCACUUGGCCAGAAUCAGCUGGCGGCCCAGGAACGCUUCUUAAUUCUGAGAAACGUUCUAAUCUACCAUCGACAUCUGGAAAUGGCUGGAAGACAAUUGAAAGAAACAAAAGUGCAAACAUCGCAUCACAUUUUUCGAAUUCCAAAGUGCGACGAAACGACAACUUUGAAAAUGGCUAUGAAAGAGAAAGAAACUUUCAGAAGAACAAGCAAAAUGGACAAUAUGAGAAUUUAGAUCAAGACACUUCAUCUGUUGCAAGCGACGCAUUGUCUGAUUGUAUUGUUCCAUCGCCGCUUAUUGACAUUCCUGGAAGUACUUUAGGUUUAGGAUCGUUAGUUGAAGUUGCAAUUGAUAGUGAUAAACCGCUUCAUGGAGUGAUUCGUUGGAUUGGACAGAAGAUUUACCAAGACGGUAUGAAAAUGCCAUCAAAUGGCUCCGGAUCGAACCCUCUCGACCUUAUUGUUGGAAUUGAACUCGAUGAGCCAUGUAACGAUCGCCGAAUUAAACUUAAUUUCUCUGAUGGCGUUUACAAUGGACAAAGAUGCUUUCGAUGUUCUGAACGACGAGCAAUUUUCGUAUCAUCAAGACGAUGCACAAAAGAUCGAAGAUUUCCCGAUGAUCCGAAUGAUUUAAGAGCUUCACCUUCAUCUGUUAUUUCAACUAUACAAAGUGAGGGUGCUAGAGCUUUUGGUGGCGCUGAUUGUCCAAUCAUCGAAGGAUCUGUGCCUGCUUUGAAAUUUGUCAACUUGGAAGAUCUCGAAGCGCAAUGUGGUAAAUUUAAAGGCAUUCAAGGACAUCACAAUUCUUGCUAUCUCGAUGCGACACUCUUUUCCAUGUUCACUUUUACGAGUGUCUUUGAUUCACUCUUGUUUCGUCCACGUGAACCGGAAGAUUGCGAGCAAUAUGAGGAAGUUCAGCGAGUUCUACGAGAAGACAUUGUAAAUCCAUUGAGGAAAAAUUUGUUUGUGAGAGCUGAUCGUGUAAUGAAACUUCGACAUUUGUUGGAUAAACUUAGUUCCGUUAAAGGUUUAGUGACGGAAGAGAAAGACCCAGAAGAGUUUUUGAAUGGGUUAGUUGCACAAAUCUUAAGAGCUGAACCCUUCUUAAAGUUGAGUUCGGGUUUAGACACAUUUUGUUAUCAACUUUUCGUGGAGAAAGACGAAAGAUUGACACUUCCAAAUGUUCAACAAUUGUUUGAACAAUCAUUUCUUUCAUCAGAUAUUAAAUUGAAAGAAGUUCCAUCCUGUCUCAUCAUUCAAAUGCCACGUUUUGGAAAAAAUUAUAAAAUGUAUCCGAGAAUUCUUCCAUCGCAAGUUUUGGACGUUACUGACGUUAUCGAAGAUUCACCAAGGCAAUGCACCAUUUGUGGAACACUUGCAGAGUUUGAAUGUCGAGAAUGUUUUGGAGUUUGUCAAGUUGGAUCUGGCCUUGAAUCAACAGCGUUCUGCAAGAAAUGCCUAGCGACAGUUCAUUCGCAUCAGAAACGAGUCAACCAUAAAGCAAAGCCGUUGUCCAUUCCACAUGAUUUCAAGAUCAUGGCUGAGUAUAAUCAAGUUCCACGACUUUUUAUGGAACUUUUUGCUGUUAUUUGUAUAGAAACAUCGCAUUAUGUGACAUUUGCGAAGACCGGUUCAGGCUUGGAUUCACCUUGGGUGUUCUUUGACUCGAUGGCUGACCGCAAGGGGGAACGUGAUGGCUACAACAUACCUGAAAUGGUUCCUGUACCUGAUUUACCAACAUGGCUAUCUGAAGAUGGAGCGCGCAUUCUACACGAGGCUAAUAUCAAUGACAAACAUCUUCCAGAAUUCGCUAAACGUUUGUAUUGCGAUGCUUAUCUAAUGCUCUAUCAAUCAACCGAAAUGAUGAUGUACAGAUAAAGAUCGCAAGAAGUGAUUAAAGCAAUCUAAAUUAAUUUCUAAAGAAGACAACAAAGCACUUUUAACCAUAUGAUGGACUAUGAAUUUGUUUCAUUGAUUGAAUAAUUUAUCGUAGGCUGCAUUUAUCAAUUAAUCAAGAAAAAUUUAGGGAUGCUUAGAAGAAAUGAAAAUGUUUAGAAGAAAAAAAGAGAGUUUUUUCGAUUGUUUCAAAAUAUCUUAAGAAGUGAAGAUAAAAAUUAAAGACAAAAUCUAAAAUAAAUUUUAACCUUUUUUCCCUUGCAAGUUUAGGGUGAUGAAUGAAGAACAAAAUAAAAUCAACAAAAGAAAUAAAUGACACAAAAGAAUCACCGAUGCUAUAGAUUAAUAUAUUUUUUAUAUUUAAAUAAAUCUAUUUAUCUAAAACAAAAAGAAAUAAUAAUAACACUUCAAGUAAUAUUGAGCUUGUCUCCCCAUUGUUCGCUUAUCCUCUCUGGUUCAAUGUGCUGGUUUACUUUGCCAAAGUACAUAUGCGAACAAAGCUAUGAGAUGUUCGCUUCAGGAGCAAAUAUAUUAGAAGAAUAUAUCUUGAGAGUAAAAAGUUCUUAGUUGUGUAAAAUAUUAACAAUGACUAAUGUAGCACAAAUCUAUGAAGUUACUUCAAACAUUCUUUGACGAAAUCAAUAAAAAGAAAAUUAAAACCUUA